UUUCCUGUUUGGGCGCUCACACCGGAAGUAAACAAACCAGACAAGCUCAAAAGGAGGGAAGUAGGAGGACUGAACAACUGCUUUUCUUGUAGCGCCAGUGACCAUGAUGACAACGAAGAGACUGGACAACUUUCAGCUGGAGUGUGAGUGGGAUUCAUGCGACUUUAAUGGAUACAGCAUGGAGGAACUGAGCGACCACAUGUCUCUUCAUCUGAAGGACUACAUCGGAGACAAAGAUGCUCUAGAGGAGCUGGAUGAGUUUGCGUGUCUCUGGAACGGAUGCGAGUUUGUUUCCAUGGGCAGUCCUGCAGAACUUGAGGUCCAUGCAUUUUUCCACAACUACCACGGCAAACUCAAGUUCAUCGGCUCACAGCUGCUCAAGUCCCGCCCCGACCUGCCGAGCUGCAGCCAAGGCAUGCACAGCAGCAACCUGCUGCCCGAGGGCUCCCAUGAGUUUGUGUGCCAGUGGGAGCACUGCGAUAGCACGUUUAACAACCCCGAGUGGUUCUACCGGCACGUGGACAAUCAUGUGGAAAGUGCUGAGCAGCAGUCCGUUUCUCAACAGCAGGCGCUCUACUGCAGCUGGGCAGGCUGCGACGCCUUCUUCAAGAUCAGGUAUCGGCUCAGGGAACACAUGCGGAGCCACACGCAGGAGAGACUGGUGGCCUGUCCCAUGUGUGGCAGCAUGUUCUCCAGCAACACGAAGCUGUUCGACCACCUCCUCAGGCAGGCCGAGCCUAUAGAGUCUCUGGUGUGUGAACAUUGUGGCAAGGCCUUUUCCAGCGAGAGACUUUUGAGGGAUCACGUUCGUCAGCACGGUAACAGGAACAUAAUCCAAAGUUGUCCCUCAAAAUUCAACCAGGUGAAGUGUCCUUUCUGUGACAUGACCUGCACCACGCUGGCUGCUCUGAAGAUGCACAUCCGCUUUCGWCACUGCGACGAGCGGCCCUUUCCCUGUGACUUCUGCGACAAAAGGUUUAAAAACCAGCGUGAUCUCCAGAAGCACACAGAGGUUCACAAUGAGGGCUCUGUGUAUCACUGCUCAGUGGAGGGCUGUUCUUACUCCUGUCACACUUUCCAAACCAUGAACUACCACCUGAAGAGAGCUCAUGAGGCUGGUGGGAGGUCCAAAUAUAAAUGCCACAUCUGUGAUAAAGUCUUCUCCUGGUGUUACACUCUCACACUCCACCUCCGCAAGAAGCACGAGCUGAAGUGGCCGUCCGGACACUCCCGCUUCAGGUAUAAGAAGGACAUCGACGGCUUCCUAAAAGUAAACAUGGUGCGCUUCGAGACCGUGGAGGUAACGAAGGAGAUCAUGAAGAACAUGAAGCCACCGAACCCUCGACAGAGUCAGAGAUCCAGCAGCCAGAGGAAGAGGACCGCCGUGACGCCGGAGAGCGGCCGGAGCUCCCCKGCAGGUUCCUCCUCGCCCUCCUCCAGCUCUUCCUCCUCGUACUCCUCAGACCUCUCGGGAGGGGAGGACGUGUCGUCUCAGCACAGCCCCAGAGGCGGAGAUUCACCCGUUUACUGCGUGAUGAGCUCCAUUCCUCACGGUGAGGAUGAGUCCGAAGGACCGCCACAGGAGGACGGUGACGACGGGGGGACGUCUGGUGCUGUCCAGGCUCUGACGGAGGUCGCCAGGGGCCUCGGCAUGGACGUGGUUUGAGUGUCGAGCAGCUGCAGUUUAAUUUUACAAUGUUAGGUUUGGACGUUUUCAAUGUCGCUGCCGUGUUUAUUGUUCCAGCAGCUGCUCCUGACUUUAUGUCAGAACUCAGCUUCAUCUUCAGCUGAUAAAUACAGAAGUUACUAUGAGACUAGCUUCAGGAAACAUUUUUCACACGAUUUAUUUCAUUUUUAAAGACAUUUCCUUAGAUUUUUUUUUCUGGUCUUAAAUUUAUAGAUGUACAUUUUAAAUAGUUUUUAUACAAAUUUUAAUGCUGACUUAUGACUUAAAUUAAACCAGUGAAAAUUAAUUGUGAACACUGAUUUUUGUGAAGUUAUCUUAUUGUUAAAAUGUCAAUGUCAAAUUUAUUUAUAUAGCACAAUAAAACAACAAA